UAAGCAACUCAUUUUUCUUGACAAAUUGAAUUAUCUAGGUGGGCCGUGCCAAUAUGCCUUGGGCAUCAUGCUACAGUAUAUAUAUAUAUACAGUCCAAGCUGUCGAGAACUCAUUCAGCGCUUUGAACAGAGCGACACACUCAGGUGGAAUCCGAAGCCUAUCCAGAGAAUUUCUGAUCCGCAAAUCUGAUUUCUGGUCCUCUAUCAAACGAACCUACUCUGAAAUCAUGGCAUUAGCACAGACUUGCACAACUUUGAGUACAUCGUUUAUAGAUGAGUUGCUGCCAUCAGCCCAGCGGGUGGCGCUGCUGUACAACGUCUCUUAUCUGUGUCUGGCCGAGUUCCCCAAGCUGGAGAGGAUGCUUCGGGAGAGGGCCAUGGAGACCCAGAUUCUGUUCGGCUCAUCCGAGGCCAUCCUGCUCAAGUGUGCGCUCACCAGUGACAACUUGGUGAGGUGCCUGUUCCCGAAGCUUGCAGUAGCAGUGGAGAAGAAUGAGGCCAUGCUUGCUGUGCAGUGCCUGCAGAAGGCAAAAGAGUGGAUCAACGAUAUUGUCAAUGAAGUUGAAGGCCUUACACAAAAGUAUGAGGAACACUGCAAAGAUGUUGCCACAACUGUUAGUGAUGUCAUUACUGAAAAGCAUAAUACAGAGAAGAAAAAGGAGAAAUUGAGUAAAGAAAUUGAGGCAAUGAAAGAGGGUUUGGAAAAAUACAAAAAUGACCAGAAAGAAGUAACCAAUAAACUGGGCAAGAUAGAGCAAGACUUAACCACCAAAUUUAAUGAGCUUUUACGGUUUGACCAAGGUGUUUUUAUUCCUUUUCGCGAAGUUCUACUCUUGGCAGCAAAUUUACAUCUGAAGACUGAGAUCCGUAUGCUUACUGCAGAGAAAAAUAGGCUGAGAAUUGAGGAGUGGAUCAUCCAGAAAAAAGUGAUCUACUGGCAGAUGAAGAUUACCAAAGCCAGCAUAGAAGUGGGUUCAAUUCCAUCCCCAGAGCAUCUGCCUGAGGUUCAGGCUCACCUGAGCAAAAUUUGUGAGAUUCUACUUGCCCUACUUCGAUUCUGGGACACAGUCGGUAAAAUGCUGGAUUCCCUGAACCAGACGACCUUUGCUAAUGAAGACAUGAUUGAAUAUCUAGAUGUUGUGAAAGAGCAGUUUUUGACAUCAAUCACUGAAGCUAAAAAGGUUUGGAAGAUGUUUGGUGAGGGAUGUGUGAGAGCCAAAGAGGUAUUCUCUGUCCAGACCAAAGCCUACCAGUUCCUGGAGGUCAACACCUCCUCGCUCUCCAAGCAGGCCUGGCAGGUGGCACAUGAUGCUGUGAUGGAGAAGCUGAUGCAGAUCGAGCCUUCCAGCACUCCUGCCAUCACCGACGGAACCUCAGAACAACCUACUGACCCAUGAUCCUGUGAUCCCAUCCUGAUCUGAUCCAUGAUCCUGUGAUCCCAUACUGAUCUGAUCCGGGAUCCUGUGAUCCCAUACUGAUCUGAUCCGGGAUCCUGUGAUCCCAUACUGAUCUGAUCCGGGAUCCUGUGAUCCCAUUUGCCUGUUGUGCUUUACAACUGUUUCUGCCAUAAUUGCUGGCCUGGCUUCUUGUCCGGGGUUCGAGAUGUUUUGCUGUGUAACUGAUUUGUUUUGCCGGGUGUCUAGUAGUGAAGUAGUGGAACUGGGAAUUUAUUAAUGUGAUGAGCAUGAACUGUGUGUGAGGGCUGAAGCCCAAUGGUGGUGGGUUCAUGUGUGUAAGAUGGUGCUGAUGGAUGGUACCUUCAUUGUCUCCCUUUUUUGUAAGUUGCUUUGCUUAAAUCAGCCACAUGACUAAAGGUACAUGUAAAUGUAACAGAAGCUUGCAGGUGUGAGUUUUAGUUUUUUUAGUCUUGGUUGAGCGAGAAACUUUUGACCAUUUCACAUUAAGAGGCUUCUUAUCAUUUUUAUCGUCAUCAUUAUCAAUAAAACAAUAUUGACAGUAGUUUGUAUUAAGAGGAAUACAAUGACGCCAAGUGUUUCACUAAGAUCUAUUUUCCGUGUACAUUGUGAUUGAAAUGUACACAUCUUAAUUUGUUUAAUCUAGCUUUCACUAUCUUCUAUUGGGAGUUGCCACUGCAGCUGGUGUCUACUGUUUUAACCAAUUAAAUCAAUUAAAUGUCA